GUAUAGUGGAGAAGAGGCGUUCGGAAGUUGUUACCAUGGCGACAGAUGACAGUGUGGUUCAAACGUAGAGGUAAGUUAGAUCGAAAGCAAACUCGGAACGAAACAUGGCUGAUAGGAAGCACUUCAUAUUAUUCCCAAUUAAAUGCUGUCUUAGAAAUUAUAAUACAUAAUUUACACAUGUAAAGGUAAAGCUGAAACGGAUAAAACAUGAUCGAUCGUUUUUCCUGCCAUGAAUGCUAUCUGCACAGACAUGAGUAAUGCUAGUGCAGAACUUCCAGUAGGAAAUGCCUACAUCACUAUUCAUUGUCACAAUAUAACAAGAUAUCUGAACGAUUAUCUAGCUUCACUAGCUUCGAACGUCUCAAACAAUUCUGGUAUACAAAACGAAGAAGAAAAAUCGGAUCCAAAUUCACCAGAAAAUCAAAAAAACGCCGUUAUAUAUAUAGUAGUGGUGCUGUUUUUCUAUUCGUUUGGUAUAGGCAUUAUGAUGAUUAAAUAUAUGAGAAAAGAAGCUAAAGAACAGCAAGAGUGUAAAAUGUACCGUCAAUAUAUAAAUGCCGCUCAUGAACAGUAUCUACAUUCUACAAAUAGAGCACGUUUAGCAAACAGAUUGGCCCUCCAAGCUUUAAAUACAGUUAAUGCUAUACCUCAGACUACUCAAUUAGGGAGUAAAGUGACGUUUGUUUAAUUGGUGCAUUUCUACAGCUAUAAAUGGCAAGAUUUAUAUAUAUCUAUAUAGGGAGCAAUAUUAAUUUUUCACGCUAUAUAGAAUAAUGCUGAUCCAUUGUGGAUCAUACAUUUAAUAUAGCCUUUAUUAUGCCUUAAUGCACUUUAUCAUCAAUUUUUACUGUUUAAAAUUUAUAA